AUGGGAAGUGUUUUUAUGAAUUUGGAGAUUGAAGAAAAGUUUUUUAGCGCGUCGUUAAAUUUGGUUGAAAUUGUUAAAUAUUUAUUCCCUUGUUUUGAUAUUACAUUUCCUCAAGCAUGUGAAAACUGUUCCAACCUGAUACUUAAAAUGUAUAUCAAUAUAAGAAAAAAUAUAAUAAAGAAAAAAAUAUUAAAUAUCAUUUUAGAAUUUUUAAACAAAGAGUUAAAUAUAAAUUCCAAGGAUAAAUCCCAAAAUAUUUAUUUGAAUAUUAAUAUAUCCAAAAUAUUAAGCUCAAGUAGAGAAAUAACAAAACAACAUUCUAAUGAAGAUGUAGACAAUAGAGAAAGUAGAGAACAAACAUUUAAUGAACAAAAUUCUGUGGAAACUACAACAGAACAUGAAGUUUCCAUUGAAAAACAAUGCGCAGAGUGCCUUAAAAUGUUUGAUUCAAUAAAAGUUUAUAAAAAACAUAUGAGAGAUCAUAAAAGAAAGCAUACACAAAAACAUUAUAAUUGUAACUAUUGUGAUUACAAGAGCCUAUGUAAGACAUCUGUGCAAGGACAUAUCAAUAAAUUUCAUUUGAAAUCUCGACCCCAUAUCUGUCAAAUUUGCUACAAAAGCUUUUACCAUAAGAAGAACUUGACAGUGCACAUAGAAAGUCAUACUCAAUCAAGGAAUGAAAUAUGUGAUGUGUGCGGCGAAAGGUUUUUAUAUAAAAAGAAUUUACUUGAACAUUUAAAAUUACACACUGGUGUGAGACCUUACGAGUGUAAUAUUUGUGGAAAGAAAUUUAUUACAUCAGGUCGUAGAUUGGAACACAUUAAGAGAACUCAUAGUGAAAAGACAGAGUGCUGUUUAUUAUGUGAUAAAAAGUUUAGUUUGACAAAAGAAUUGACAAGACAUAUGAAAACUGUGCAUUCGUCUAUUAAUUUGAUUUUG